GUGACAUUAGAGCUCUUAAGCAAAAUAAUAUGAGCAUUCAAGAAUUUUAUUCGACUAUGACAAAUUUGUGGGACCAAUUGGCUCUCAUGGAACCCGCUGAAUUAAAAGGUGUCAAAGCAUACCUUGACCAUAGAGAAGAGCAACGAUUAGUUCAAUUUUUGAUGGCUCUUCAUGACGAAUUUGAGGUCUUGCGUGGGAGUAUUCUACAUCGUACUCCUCUUCCUAAUGUUGACUCGGUUGUUAAUGAACUGUUGGCAGAAGAAAUUAGACUCAAGUCUCACUCUCUUUCGCAUUUGGAUAAAGAAACUUAUACAUCUCCUCCAUCCGUCUUUGCUGCUCCUUUUAACAAAGGAAAACCUCAAGGGAGGGUUGGUGUUGGUAUUGAUGAAUGUGCUUUUUGCAAGCAAAAAGGGCAUUGGAAAUCAAAUUGUCCGCAAUUGAUGAAAGCAGGAAGAAAAAAUUUUAAGCCUCCCUCAUCUAAUGUUGCUGCUGCUACUUCUUCUAUUGUUGCUCCUCCGUCCGUUGGUUCUGGUAUUGGUUCUGCAUACCCAUCUGAGACUAAUUCACAUGUAUUUGAUCUUGCUGAGCAGUUUCAAAAGUUUCUCGCAACUCAGCCACAUGCUAUGUCUGCCUCCUCUAUCAAAGGUUUGAAUCCCUCUAGCUUAUCAGGAUCAACAAUCCGGGAGGAAGAUUGGGACAGGCCGUAGACAAGGGGGACUUUAUAUUUUGGAUGAGUUGAGAGUUCCAGAUACUGCAGCCUCAAUGUCUCCCUCGACUGUUGACUUAUCAUCUUUUCGUUUAAAUUCGUCUUCUAGUAGCUUUUAUUUAUGGCAUUCUCGCCUUGGACAUGUUUCUGCCUCUAGAUUAAAGUACUUGGCUUCUACCGGAGCUUUAGGAAAGUUGCAAACUAGAGAUAUUUCUGAUUGUUGUGGUUGCAAACUUGCAAAAUUUUCUGCUUUGCCCUUUAAUAAAAGUACUUCUGUUUCUAAUGUACCUUUUGAUUUAGUUCAUUCUG